AUGGACUACCAGAACCGCGCGGGCAACAAGGGCGGCGGCGUGGCGGGGUCGAGCGAGACCAACGUGGACCGGCGGGAGCGGCUGCGCAAGCUGGCGCUCGAGACGAUUGACGUGACAAAGGACCCGUACCUGCUGCGCAACCACCUCGGUUCGCUCGAGUGUCGCCUCUGCCUCACGCUCCACACCAACGAGGGGUCCUACCUCGCCCACACCCAGGGCAAAAAGCACCAGACCAACCUCGCCCGCCGCGCCGCCCGCGAGGCAAAGGACGCCGCGUCGUCGUACAACCCCAACCACCUCCUCACCGCCCCACCCACCAACCUCGUCCCCAAAAAGUCGUUUAUCAAGAUCGGAAGACCCGGCUACAAGAUCACCAAGGUGCGCGAACCCUUCCUCGCCUUCGAGGCGAGCGAUCAGGUCGGAGCCGGCGUCGGGGGCCGGUUGGGCCUCCUCUUCCAGAUCUCGCUCCCCGAAAUCGCAAAAGACGUCAAGCCGCUGCACAGGUUUAUGAGCAGCUUUGAACAGAAGCAGGAGGCGCCAAACAGGGCGUGGCAGUACCUCGUCGUCGCCGCCGAGCCCUACGAGACGAUAGCCUUCAAGCUGCAGAGCCGCGAGGUGGACCGCUCCGAGUCGCUCGUCCUCAGCACGCUGCCAAACGCCAAGCCCAAAAACGAGCCGGGGACAUGGAGCCACUGGGACCCGGACACAAAGACGUAUACCAUCCAAGUCCUCUUCCGCUAG